AUGAACGUAGGGGACCUCCGGCUACGACACGACCUCCUCAAGACUGAUGCUGUCCCUAGAUCAUAGAAUGGGCUUUCGGAAAGCGCAUGACGCCCGCGGAGCGUCUACGGAAGCAUCAGCGUGCACUCGAGAAGACACAACGAGAGCUGGACCGCGAACGGACCAAGCUCGAACAGCAAGAGAAGAAGUUGGUACAAGACAUCAAGAAAAAUGCAAAGAAUGGACAGAUGGGCGCCGUCAAGGUGCAGGCGAAGGAUCUGGUGCGGACGAGAAGGUACAUUCAGAAGUUCUACCAGAUGCGAACACAAUUGCAGGCGAUAUCGCUCCGGAUACAAGUAGGGCUCUCGCAAUCUCUGCACCAGUGGACUUUGCCUUGCUAACGUCUGCAGACCGUGCGUAGCAACGAGCAGAUGAUGCAGAGUAUGAAGGGUGCCACGCAAUUACUGGGAAGCAUGAACCGUCAGAUGAACUUGCCAGCCUUGCAACGGAUAGCCAUGGAGUUCGAGAAGGAGAACGAUAUCAUGGACCAGCGGCAGGAGAUGAUGGACGAUGCGAUUGACGACGUAACUGGAUUAGAAGACGAAGAGGAGAGCGAGGAAGUGGUUACACAAGUACUGGAUGAGAUUGGAGUCGAUCUUGGCCAAGCAGUAAGACCCAACCCGUACCGAAGGAAUUGCGAUGUACUGACAAUGUUUAGCUGGGAGAGACACCCCAGGGAUUGCAGAAGAAUAGCGUGGCCGACGGCAAGGUGGCUCAGGCAAUCGGUGGCGGAGACCCCGGAGACGACGAUCUCCAGGCACGCCUCGACAGCUUACGAAGAUGAUGAUGAGAUGCGAUGCGAUGCGAUGCGAUGCGAUACGAUGCCUGCAUGCUUGAGGACGUUUAGCACAUGAGCGUUCUUGCGAUGAUGAAGUCCUGA